AUGGCAGAGAGAAAAGAGGAUGUGAAACCGAAGACUGAUUCUACUGCACAUCUGAUCGGUGGGUUUAUAGGUGGUCUGACAGCCGCAGUGGCACUACAACCACUGGAUCUGUUAAAGACAAGAAUACAACAACAACCUAAAGGUACUGUGUCAAAGGGUAAUAAUGUUGGUUCAAUGAUUGCAAAAUUGGUGAAGGAAAACCCUUUACAAUUAUGGAGAGGUACGCUACCUUCUGCUUUGCGUACCUCAAUUGGUAGUGGUCUAUACUUAUCAUGUUUAAACUCGAUGAGAACUCAGGUCGCUUUACUUCAUUCGAGAAGAACUGGUGAAAUAAUCCAUACAUCAAGAAGUAGUAAACUGCCUGAAUUGUCGAUGGGUGCAAACUUAGUUACAGGUGCUAUUGCUAGAGGUCUUGUAGGGUAUAUUACAAUGCCGAUCACUAUUAUUAAAGUUCGUUAUGAAUCAACCUUUUAUGAUUAUCAUAGUUUAAAGGAUGCGGUAGUAGAUAUAUAUCGUAUUGAUAAGAUUAGUGGGUUUUUCAAAGGGUUCGGUGCAACUUGUCUUAGAGAUGCUCCUUAUGCAGGGUUAUAUGUCUUAUUAUAUGAAAAGGCUAAAGAUAUAACACCAUUUAUAUUACCUUCAAGAUUAAUUUUAUAUGAGGAUUCCUCUAAGCAUAAUAAAUAUAGUACAUUUACCUCAACUUUAAUUAAUACGACAAGUGCAUUUGUGGCAGCAGGGAUUGCUACAACGAUUACAGCCCCAUUUGAUACAUUGAAGACUCGUAUGCAAUUGGAACCAAAUAAAUUCAGCAAUUUUCUAAUGACUUUUAAUCAUAUGUGGAAAAAUGAAAGUCCAUUAUCAUUAUUUAGUGGAUUAAGUAUGAGACUUACCAGAAAAGCAUUCAGUGCAGGCAUAGCUUGGAGUAUAUAUGAAGAAUUGAUUAAAAGAUUCAUGUAA